GUAAGGGAGGAGGGGAAGUGGGAGGAGGUGGUGGUGAUUUUAGGAGGGGUAGGGGAAGUGGGAGGUGACAUGGCAGAGGACAGGAAAGAAUGCACGGAGCAGCUGACAGGGCUGGCAAUGUGCCUACUGUAUGUGCAGGGGGAGGCGGCGGCGCCCACCAAGGACUGCUGCAGGAUGCUGAAGCAGGUGGUGGAGAAGAGUGAAAAGUGCUUAUUCCUUAUCAAAUACUCCACUGACCCCAACCUCCGCAUCAAGAACAACACCUCGCUCACUGCCAAGCUACCCCACUCUUGUAGCGCCUCCAUCAAUAUACUUCACUGUCCAGUUUAA